CAUAAAAGAAUUGUGUUUGCAUGUUAAAUGGCACAUGGACUUAGAAUGCUUCCAAACCAGUAUCUCCUUGUCUGUCUUGUAAGUGUUGCUGACUUGUGUCCUCUUGUAGCCCCCCAUGCUGGAGUCAGCCCUGCGGAAUACUAUCACCAGAUGGCUCUGCUGACAGGCCAGCGCAGCCCCUAUGCGGACAUCCUUCCCUCAGCCGCCACUGCUGGUGCAGGGGCCAUCCAUAUGGAGUACCUUCAUGCCAUGGACAGCACCAGAUUUCCCAGCCCUAGACUGUCAGCUAGGCCCAGCCGAAAGCGUACCCUGUCGAUCUCUCCACUGUCAGAUCAUAGCUUCGACCUUCAGACCAUGAUAAGAACAUCUCCUAACUCCUUGGUCACAAUCCUCAAUAAUUCCCGUAGCAGUUCUUCAGCAAGUGGUUCCUAUGGGCACUUAUCUGCAAGUGCAAUCAGUCCUGCUUUGAGCUUCACCUACCCCUCCGCCCCUGUGUCUCUCCAUAUGCAUCAACAGAUCCUAAGCCGACAGCAGAGCUUAGGUUCAGCAUUUGGACAUAGCCCUCCCCUCAUCCACCCUGCUCCAACAUUUCCAACGCAGAGACCCAUCCCUGGGAUUCCGACAGUUCUGAACCCUGUCCAGGUCAGCUCUGGCCCUUCUGAGUCUUCACAGAGCAAGCCCACAAGUGAGUCUGCAGUGAGUAGCACCGGUGACCCUAUGCAUAAUAAGCGGUCCAAGAUCAAGCCUGAUGAAGACCUCCCUAGCCCAGGAUCACGGGGGCAGCAGCCGGAGGGAACAACCCUAGUCAAGGAGGAGGGGGACAAAGAUGAAAGCAAGCAGGAGCCCGAAGUCAUCUACGAGACAAACUGCCACUGGGAAGGCUGCACAAGAGAGUUCGACACCCAGGAUCAGCUUGUGCAUCAUAUCAAUAAUGACCACAUUCAUGGAGAAAAGAAGGAGUUUGUGUGCCGCUGGCUUGAUUGUUCAAGAGAGCAGAAACCAUUCAAAGCCCAGUACAUGUUGGUAGUACAUAUGAGAAGACACACCGGAGAGAAGCCUCACAAAUGUACAUUUGAAGGUUGCACAAAAGCCUACUCAAGACUCGAAAACCUGAAAACCCACUUGAGAUCUCACACUGGAGAGAAGCCAUAUGUCUGUGAGCAUGAGGGCUGCAACAAGGCUUUCUCUAACGCUUCAGAUCGGGCCAAGCACCAAAACAGAACGCAUUCCAAUGAGAAACCAUAUGUAUGCAAAAUCCCUGGCUGCACCAAGCGUUACACAGACCCCAGCUCUCUCCGGAAACACGUGAAGACUGUGCAUGGCCCUGAGGCUCAUGUUACCAAGAAGCAGCGUGGGGACAUGCACCCUCGGCCUCCACCACCUAGAGAUUCUGGCAGCCAUUCACAGUCCAGGUCCCCCGGCCGGCCGACUCAGGGAGCAUUCGGUGAGCAGAAGGAGCUGAGCAACACUACCUCAAAGCGGGAAGAAUGCCUCCAGGUGAAGACUGUCAAGGCUGAAAAGCCCAUGACAUCUCAGCCAAGCCCUGGUGGUCAGUCUUCAUGCAGCAGCCAACAGUCCCCCAUCAGCAACUAUUCCAACAGUGGGCUCGAGCUUCCUCUGACUGAUGGAGGUAGUAUAGCAGACCUCAGUGCCAUCGAUGAGACCCCAAUCAUGGACUCGACCAUUUCCACGGCAACCACAGCCCUUGCUUUGCAAGGCAGGAGAAACCCAGCAGGGACCAAAUGGAUGGAGCAUAUCAAACUUGAAAGGCUAAAGCAAGUGAAUGGAAUGUUUCCAAGACUGAACCCUAUUCUACCCUCCAAAGCCCCUGCGGUAUCUCCUCUCAUAGGAAAUGGCACACAGUCAAACAACAGCUACAGUUCAGGCGGGCCCGGGACCCUUCUCCCGAGCAGAAGUGAUCUGUCGGGUGUAGACUUCACUGUGCUGAACUCGCUCAGCAGGAGGGACAGCAACACCAGCACCAUCAGCUCUGCCUACCUGAGCAGCCGCAGAUCCUCGGGCAUCUCCCCCUGCUUUUCCAGCCGCAGGUCCAGUGAGGCGUCGCAGGCUGAAGGGCGACCCCAGAAUGUGAGUGUGGCCGACUCCUACGAUCCCAUCUCCACAGAUGCUUCACGGAGGUCCAGCGAGGCCAGCCAGGGUGAUGGGCUGCCCAGUCUGCUCAGCCUCACCCCCGUGCAGCAGUACCGCCUUAAGGCCAAGUAUGCUGCUGCCACGGGUGGCCCGCCACCCACACCUCUGCCCCACAUGGAAAAGCUGAGCCUGAAGACCAGGAUGGCCCUGCUAGGGGAGGGGAGGGACUCAGGGGUGACUCUGCCUCCAGUCCAUCCUCCUCGGAGAUGCAGUGAUGGAGGAGGCCAUACAUACAGCAGGCGUCACCUACUGCCUCAUGAUGCUCUAGCAAACAGUGCGAGGAGAGCCAGCGACCCUGUGAGGACCGUCUCCGAGAACAUGUCACUUCCCAGGGUUCAACGCUUCAGCAGCCUGAAUAGCUUUAAUCCUCCAAAUUUGCCUCCAUCCGUGGAAAAGCGUAGCUUAGUGCUGCAAAAUUAUACCCGGCAGGAGAGCACCCAUCCCCGGUACUUCCAAGCAUCCCCUUGCCCUCCCAGCAUCACAGAGAAUGUUGCCCUGGAGGCCCUGACCAUGGAUGCUGAUGCUAACUUGAAUGAUGAAGAUUUCCUGCCAGAUGAUGUGGUACAGUAUUUAAAUUCCCAGAACCAAACAGGGUAUGGGCAGCAAUUACAGAGUUCCGUCUCUGAAGAUGGCAAAGUAGCCCGUGAGCCAGACGACUUGGACUUACCGGGGCUGCCAGACAGUCAUGUUGGCCAGCAGUACCCAGCUCUGGAGCAACCCUGCUCCGAGGGCAGUAAAACUGAUUUGCCCAUCCAGUGGAAUGAGGUCAGCUCUGGAAGUUCUGAUCUGUCAUCCUCCAAGCUGAAGUGUGGUCAGCGCCCUACCGUACAGCAGGCUCGAGGCUUUGGGUUAUACAACAAUAUGGUGGUACAUCCACAGAACCUGUGGAAGGUUGGCACUGGCCCAGCUGGGGGAUCUCAGACCCUUGGGGAGAAUGGCAGUAGCUACAGUGACCCAGAGCACUUUGCAAUCCACAGUGGGGAUGGACUUGGCCCCAGUGGAGACACUUUCCAUGAACAGGCCUAUAAGACCCAGCAGUAUGGGAGCCAGCUCAGCAGGCAGCCACUGACUUCCAGUGUUCUAGACAGUGCCUGUGGUGCUGGGAUUCAAGGGUCCAAGCUGAAAGGCAACAGUUUGCAAGAGAAUGGGGGUUUGCUAGAUUUUGGCCUGUCCAUGGCACCAAAUGAGUUAGCUGGCAACAUAGUGAAUGGCAUACAAACCCAAGAACAAAUGGGACAGGGGUACAUUGCUCCUCAGCUACUCAGUGGCAGCAUGCAACACCAGGGGCCCAGUCGCCCCGGUCAACAGGUACUAGGGCAGGUUGGUGCUACCUCACAUAUCAACAUCUAUCAAGGGACAGAGAGCUGCCUACCAGGGACUCAGGACAAGAUCAGCCAGCCAUCAAGUAUGGCAGUUAUCAGGGGCUACCAGCCCUGUGCCAGCUAUGGGGGCAGCAGGCGUCAGGCAAUGCCAAGGGGCAGCCUCACUCUGCAACAAGGACAGCUCAGUGACGUGAGUCAGACAAGCAGGGUGAACAGCAUCAAAAUGGAGGCACACGGGCAGUCCCAUCAGCUCUGCUCUAGCAUGCAGAAUUAUUCCGGUCAGUUCUAUGACCAAACCAUGGGCUUCAGUCAGCAAGACAGGAAAGCUGGCUCAUUCUCCCUCUCAGAGGCCAACUGCCUGCUACAGGAGAAUGGCACUGAAAAUUCUGAGUUACUUUCCCCAGGUGUUAACCAGGUGACCAGCACAGUUGACAGCUUUGAGAGUCAUGACCUAGAAGGCGUGCAGAUUGAUUUUGAUGCCAUCAUAGAUGAUGGGGACCAUACCAGCCUAAUGUCAGGGGCCCUGAGCCCCAGUAUCAUUCAGAACCUUUCCCACAGCUCCUCCCGUCUCACCACACCUCGGGCAUCCCUCCCAUUCCCUUCUCUGUCCAUGAGCACCACCAACAUGGCUAUUGGGGAUAUGAGUUCUUUGCUGACCUCCCUUGCAGAAGAAAGCAAGUUCCUUGCAGUUAUGCAGUAGGCAGUAGGCAAAGAGGACCACAAAUAGAGGUAAAAGAAUUAGGACUUGAAAGACUGAAAUGACUCUGGUUUUUUGUUUUUUGUUUUUGUUUUGUUUUGUUUUUUCCUUUUUUAAGUUCUGUGUGUAUUUUAGCAAUCUCAUCUCACCUGACUGGGAUGUGUCUCAAGUAUAUUCCUUUUAUGGAAAAGGACUCUGAAAAACCCUAUGGUAUUCUAGGGGAGAAACUGUCUUCCAUUUCAGGUUGAAUCAGUAUUGUGACCUUCAAAUCACCCUUGUUCUUUUAACCUGUAAGCUGCCCUCUUGUGAGUGAACCAAUGGAAAUGUAUAAUGCGCAUAGAAGAGAAGCCAUCAGAUUAAGAGAUUCGGCCUGCUUCUCUGACAUCCCAAGAACUAGGAAUUGGUGUGCUUGUGACCAAGGGGUUGCAGAUCCACCUUUUUAAAGUUUUUCUUUACAGUACUCAGUGACUUGCUUUUAUGUAUGUAUGUGUAUUUUUAAUUUUCACACUGAGUACAAGAAUUGAAUGAGUAGUGAAUUUGAAGAUUAUUUGUGGGCGCCACAUAGCUAGUAUAAAUCGCAGGUUCUUACGUGUCCUCCACCUGGAUUCAAUUCAGGGCAUACUUUUAACAGCUGCACAAGAGUUGAAAUGUGGGGAUCCUGGAAACGAAGUAGUUUGAUCAGGAUUUUUUAGGGGUUAAAGUGUUCUGUAAGUAUCCCAUGGGUUCGUCUCUAUGGUCAGUUCUCGGUUAUCUUGCGUACAUUCCCUCCACCUUUCUGAACAGUCGGUUACUUAGCACUGCUGUGAGCGUGCACGUGCUGUCGAUGUUCAGAUGUGUCAACGCUUUUAGCUUUUUGGUAUAAAGUUAGACCAAUUAUAGAUCGAAACAAUUGGAUAGAAUCACUUCGCAGAUUGUUUUUUUGGACCUGCUAUAAUUAUUCAUUGGUUUCACCUCUUUACUCAUUGUCAUAGGUUACUGAGAACUGACUAUAUAUAGCUCUGCGUAGGUAUUUAAACAACCCACAACUAGAUGCAUCACUACCAUUUAUUAAAUUCACUACAGUUGAGAGAAAAAGGUACUUUCUCAGUGCCCUAUUAUAAAGGAAAAAAAUGUGUAAAACUUUGUUGUAAAAGGCAAACCGCACAUACAUUACCAUCAGGAAUAAAUUGCUUUAGCCAUUUUUAGCAUUGGAGAGCGUGAAAGAUGAUAUUUAGUAGCCAUGUGAAUUCCACAUACCGUCUGUCCUUAACAUUGGACUCAUACUUUUGUAUUCAGAUUUUAAAGAUUUACACAGUGCAGCUGUUCGUUACAUGCAGUUCACACAUGAGAGUCAUCUGUGUACACAGAGUGCAUGGAUUAAAUAGCUAUUACUUUAAAACUGUAAACAAAGUAAAAUGUUUACCCACCAGCCCCAAUAUUGGAUUUCCCCCAGGUAAUUCCUGACAGGGUUGUGUGACCUCUCCUCUUAAAUCCCGCCCUCUAAAAUUAGGAGUAGAAAGGUGAAAACCCAGUAGGUGUUAGGUAAUAGGAAGAAUGUUAUGACCAGCCAAUUUUGUUCAUGCCUGUUUUGUCUUUUGGAGCCCAAAUUUCAACAGGGGAGCAACUCUACCAUGUAAAAUGCCUUUGUGGCUAUGCUAGCCAGUUUACUUUCUGAUAGAUGUCCCAAGGACAAGUAAAACAAUCUGUAAGUUCUCCAUGCCCUGCAGCCUUCUCCCAGGUUCCUUAUUACUGGUCUGGUCUGAGUUUAGGAGACUAAAUAAAGCAAGGCCUCUUUUUGCCUCAAGCAGGUCACAUUUUCAUCACAAAAUGGGUGAUGGACUAUCUGAAUUUCAUUUGUCAAAAGUCUUUUUAGUUUUUAGGUCUCAGUCUGGGUCUGAUCUGGCACGCCCGAAUUUUUGGCCCAGUCUCUUUAUUACUUUUGAUUUCAAAGCAGGGAUUCAGGAUUCUCUUCCUUCCUCAGCAAGAAGAGUGAGCUUGAUGCCUGGUCAUAGCCAUUGCCUCCUGCAGCAGAGACCUUUCUGGGCGGAGUCCUUGCAUGUGACCUUGAAGUUCUCAAGUGCAGUGACUUCCUUUAUUGGCAGCCUCUCCUAGGAGACCGUCAGUGCACAGAGCCAGCACCCCUGCCUCCUGACCUUCUACUUUUGACUCGGUUUUUUUUUUUUUUAAUUGUUUAUUUUCAUUCUUAUUUUCUAAGCGGUUGCCUUUAGAUUUAUGGAAUUGAUGUUUCCACUUAAAAUAUCUUACCUUUCUCAAUAUGAAGAUUUCAGGACACAGGUAAAAAAAAAAAAAAAGGAAGGUGAAAGGGUUCUGUCCCUAGAUUUCAACAAUCUGUCACGAUAGUUCAGGAAGCAUCAUUUGGUCACUAAAGCUAUCCCGUGGGACC